AUGCGUCGCAUAUCGUUUUGUACCCUCUAUCAACCAGCUCACUCGCCCUCAUCUCUUCCCUCCUCUGGAACCGCCCUCUCCGGUGGCGGGCGGCAGGAGUACGGCAGCAACAAGGACCUGCGCGCGGCGUCGCGGCGGCGGGAGCGCAAGCAGCGCGCGCUGUUGACGGACCCCGCGCUGAUGCACUACGCGCUCUUCUCCGACAACGUGCUCGCCGUCGCCACCGUGCUGCGCUCGCUCGAGGCCAACUCCAAGAACCCCGACAGGCACGUGGUGCACGUGGUGACGGACAGCAUGAACCUGCCGGCGAUGCAGGCGUGGUUCGCGCUUCACCCGCCCGCGCACGUGGCGGUGGAGAUCACGUCCGUGGAGUCGCUGGCGUUCCUCAACGCGUCCUACUGCCCCGUGCUGCGCCAGCUGCAGGCCAAGGCGCUCAAAAAGUUCUACUUCAGCCAGCACGACGACUCGAACCAGACGAACAGCGGGGUGCUGCGGCCACAGGGGUCCGCAGCAACAGAGGCAGAGGCUGCGGGGGCGGCAGCGGCGGCGGCAGUGGCGGGGCAGAAGCUUAAGUUCAAGAACCCCAAGUACCUCUCCAUCCUCAACCACCUCCGCUUCUACCUCCCCGAGAUGUUCCCGGCGUUGGACCGCGUGGUGUUUCUGGACGACGACGUGGUGGUGCAGCGCGACCUCUCGCCGCUCUUCUCCCUGCCGCUGCACGGCGCGGUCAACGGUGCCGUGUACACGUGCCGUGAGGGCGACGCCUUCCACCGCCUGCACAAGUACCUCAACUUCUCGCACCCCUUCAUCCGCGACCACUUUGACCCGGACGGCUGUGGGUGGGCGUACGGCAUGAACGUGUUUGACCUCGCGCAGUGGCGCCGCAAGGGGCUCACAGACGUCUACCACAAGUACCAGUCCAUGAACGCGGAGAGGCAGCUGUGGCAGCUGGGCACCUUGCCGCCCGGGCUGAUGACGUUCUACAACCUGACAGCGCCGCUGGACGCGCACUGGCACGUGCUGGGCCUGGGCUACGACAAGGCCACGCCCACCCACCUCAUCCAACAGGCCGCCGUGCUGCACUACAACGGCAAUGCGAAGCCGUGGCUGGACACGGCGAUUAAGGAGUUCAAGGGGCUGUGGAGCCGCUACGUGCUGGCAGACGAUGACAUGGUGCAGCAGUGCAACAUCGACCUCCUCUAG